UUUCUCUAAUUUUAUGCCUCUCAAACCUUCGUCGUGAAACCUUUAAAUGAAUCAAUCAUAAACAUUUGUAUUUUCUCAACUAAUUAUUUUUUAUUUUUUCUUUUUGAGUUUUGUGUCUCCUCCAUCUUUUUUUUUUCUUGUUGGAAGCGAAGAACGAUUGAUCUCUUUUUAUUUAUCUGACAUUUUUGGACGUAAGAGUGAGUAAUAAUUUUUUUCCGUCGUAGGGUUUCGUUUUGAACGAUUUUGAAAAGAACAAGAAAAAAAAAAUGCCUUUCCGUUCAAAAGUCCGACCUAUCAACGUCAACGGUGUAGCCAAGGAGGCAGAGCCGGCGCCUGCGAUGAGACAAGGGCCAAGAUCUCGACUGAAGCGACUCUUUGAACGUCAGUUCAGUCUGAAGAGCUUCUCAGGUGUGGAUUCACCGCUUGCGAGAGGCAACUCGGAAGAAUUCGAACCGGGCUCUGUCUGUUUGAGGAAGAUGGUUGAGAACUACAUGGAGGAUCCAGACAGUGAGAAACAAUCACGUUGCAUUGGUCGUAACCACUGCAACUGCUUUAGUGGAAGUGGCACUGAUAGCUCCGACGAAGACGAAGAGAUUUCUUCUUCCAGCGGUGUCCUUCGAAGCCUCAAGAGUCUGUUACUUUGUGCUAAUGUCGCCGAGAGUGAUCUGGAGACUAAAGCAACAGAGCUUGUUGAGAAAGAAGUUAAGUGUAAGGACUCGAGGUUGAGAGAUGUUGCUGAUAAAUUGGUGGCUUUAGGCUAUGAUGCAGCAGUUUGCAAAUCUCGCUGGGACAAAUUGAAAUCGAGAUGGUAUCCUGUGCCUGCUGGGGAAUAUGAGUAUUUGGAUGUUAUGAUUGGAGAUCAAAGAGUUUUGAUCGACAUUGACUUCCAGUCCAAGUUCGAAAUAGCUCGACGGAGUAUGACUUACAAGUCGAUAUCCAAGACACUGCCUUACGUCUAUGUUGGACAAGUGGAUAGGCUGAAGAAGCUUGUGGUAUUUGUGUCUGAUGCUGCAAAGAAGAGCCUGAAGAAGAAAGGGCUGUCAAUGCCACCAUGGAGGAGAGCUGAGUAUGUGUUAACCAAAUGGGUGUCUCGUUAUGAUCGUGCUAAGCAAACUCAAGGAGAAACCAGUGGAGAUGCUGCUGCUGCUGCUGUCCAACCUUAA